CUAUACGGCCCAAAAUGGCGCUAACCGUGUGUUAGGAAAGUAGUGAAACUAGAGGUCGCAUCCGACAUUGAUUUUAAACGUGUUCCGUGGUUUUUGUACAUUGAAUUAAAAUUUGUAUUAGUCUGUGACCGUUAUGGCAGCCAAAGGGACCGGACUGCAGGUCAAAGUCCGCCGUCUCUUGAGUAAAGAGAUGGGGAAGCCUGUGUUAAAGCCGAACAAGCCCUUAGCCUUGAGAAACGAAGUGGCCAACAAGAAGAUGAGACUGGGAGAGGCUUCCUGUAUCACUGAGAUGUCACUGCUGAUGGCUUGCUGGAAGGAAAGCAACUUCAGUGAUGCUGCCUGUUCCAAAGAAGUGCAGACCUUCUACCAGUGCACAGCGCAAGCGCAGGCUGAGAGGAAAGCCGCACAAGGACAACACAGUAUGGGCCAAGGAGGGCGCCUUCCCCCCAAACUGGCCAACACUCUCCUGAAACGAUACCCCAAUCUUCACAUCGAGAUCUAGAGUUCAGGGACCAGUGGCAGGUAGUGCCUCUGAAGACAUAUUGAACCACAGGGUAUGGGCUCACAAGCAGGUGCUUGUCCAGCAGGUGAAGAGAUGCCAGAGGGGCCAGCCACUCACACCAAACCUCUGUCCUAGACUCUACAAGACCCCUAACAUUUCUGUCACCCAGGGGAUGAUACCACACAUCUGAACUGCAUUGUGGAGGGCUUCAUCCAACUGCACAAAGAAACAGGGCAGAAGUUCUGAAUCUGCAUGGAUUUUCAAUCCCGGUGGAAUAUGUUGAUUCCAAUUUUGAACUUAAACCAUCUCUUUUUUUUGUCUUUUUGAGCAACAGUUCAAAGUGAACUGGUAACACAAACAAAGUCUGCAUUGCUUUUGCCAUGUUUUGAAUUAUGCUGUGCACUCCUUGUUUGGUAUUGUGUAUCAAGCGUGUCAAUUACAAAUUGCAACAACCUUGAAUGAUAUGUUGAUAUGUCAUUAAUUGUUUCAUAUAUCUCUGAAUGGAUGCUUUUUAGACCUUCCAUUAUAAUUUACAGUCUUGAAAGUCAAUCUUUGCUUCAGAAAAACAUAAUUAUUCAUUGAGAACAGUCUAGGAAAUGUUGAAGACUACUUCAUUGCAUUGACUAAUUGGUCUCUGACAGGCUUUUUAAUGUAACAUUUAAUUUACUGAUUAUCAAGCACUCAACAAAGAAUAUAUUGUUGUUGUAUUUCUGUAUAUCUUGAAAUAAACAUACUGAUUAGGGUACUUCAACAUUAACACUGACAA